AUGGAAGCUGCGCUGGAGGCCAUGUACGCCGCGCCCGGCUGGGCCGCCUCAAACGCCCGCCGCUUUUACAUCGAGGAAUGGACGCGCAUGCUCCCCGGAUCGCCGCACCAGCGACCGCCCUACCCCUACACCGAGAUCAUCAAGAUCGCCAUCCUCAAGUCGCCGCAGCGCCGCCUUACGCUUUCGCAGCUCUACGCCGAGUGCAGCUCCAAGUUCCCCUACUUUGCCAGCGUCGGGACGACGGACAGCUGGAAGAACACGCUGCGGCACAACCUCAGCACGCAGCGAUACUUUGUCAAGCUCAACCGCGAGGUCAAUGCGCCGGGCAAGGGCCACUACUGGACGUUUGAUGCCCAGGUCGAGCAGGACGUCGUCCUCUCGCGCCGGAGAAGGCCGCAGCUGUCGGCCCAUCACUCUCUCGCGUCGUCUCCGCCGUCUGCGUCGACGUUGACGCUGCAGCUCUCGCCCGUCGGCCCUCACCAGCAUCCGCAGCAGCAGCCAUCGACGCCCGAAUCGUUGUGGCGAUCACGCACCGGGUCCUGCAGCCCUCUCUCUCGGGCGCAUCCCUACAGGUACGACUCUGGCGGAGCAAGAGGGCGACCCGAGGGCGAGUUCGACGCGAGCGACGAUCCCAGGGCCGCGAGAGGGCUGUUGCUACAGGGUGCCUGGAUCGAUCGGUUCCAGCGCCGGGACGUCGGCGCGGGGGGCGGCGAUGGGGCGAGCCACGAGGUCGGAGCGGAGCAUGCACGCUCUGCACUGGCCGUGGAGGGCGACCGGGGCCAAGAGACGCGCAUCCUACCUCCGCUCGCGUCCCUCUCGAUUCAGUCGUACACCGAGCUGCAUCCCAAACGGCCAAGGAGGAGCAUGAGCGAUCAUUUCCUCUCGCACCCCAUCCCGACGAGGGCGCCAAGUGCCAGCAUCGUGAGCAGGAGACGUGGGACCUCUUGA